AAUUACACAAAAAGGUAAAAUAGGACAAAACGAAAGUAGAUGGAUUUUUCCUUACUAAAUAUAGCACCUGGAACUUUUCAACAUGGACUCCAUUAGAGACUCACAAAAUUAUCUAAUGAAGACAGCCCUACAACACAUAUCGGAGUCAGUCUUUGUAGGACUGUGCCGUAAACUGGGAAACUCACAAAUGGUGGCCAUGAGGAGAGAUGUGAUGGACAUAAAGGAAAUAGUAGAAAAUCAAGCGAGAACAAGUGAUGGGUUCAGUAUGAUGGUGAGUGGAAGUCGAAGAGAAGGGUUUAGACUGAAAGGAUCUGAUGUGGACAGUAUGAACUGGCCAAAUAAUCACCAUGUGAUCUGGGAAUUAUCUCAGUCUCAGUAUUAUAACACACACAGACAAACAUUGAUCCUCUGUGACUGUUCUGAAAGUCCACCAGGAUUUACUUUGUUAUGUUUACUGUCACCAAGCAUGGACAGAAAUAUCCAGACAGCUUGUGUAAGCAUUAAUAACAGACAUUAUAUAUCUAGUUCUAAAUACAGACAGAUCACGUGUUCUGAAUCAUUUACAGAGAAAACUCAACAUGGACCCUGUGCAAGUGGAACAUAUCUCAGAUUAGUAGAGUAUGAUGAAGCCUACUGUUUUGUUAGUGACUUUUGGCCUCCAUCCGCCUCCUCAUGGAUAGACAGAUGUCACUCGUGGCCCCAGCCUCAUGUUGUUGAUGAUGUUGUGAAAAAUGGAUGUCACUUUGUACCAAUUGGACACAAGCUAGGAAGACAUGAAAUCCACGAAUGGAGAAUUUCUUUCUCUCUAGCAGAACAAAAACUAGUGAAUUCAAUGAACCAUUGUCAAUUCUUAACUUAUGGAUUGCUUAAAUUGUUGUUAACAGAAAUAAUUAACAAUGGACUGGAUGAGGAUGAUAAAUUACUGUGUUCUUAUCACAUGAAGACAGCAGUCUUCUGGGUGAUUCAACAAAAUACAAUACCUCACUGGUGUCCACAAAAUCUCCUGGGAUGUUUCUGGGUCUGUUUUAAACUCAUCCUUAAAUGGGUGUAUGAGGGGGUCUGUCCUAACUUUUUUAUUCCAGACAACAACAUGUUUCUGAGUAAAAUUCAUGGUGACAAACAACAUCAAUUAUAUAUUAGACUGUAUGGGUUGUAUGAGAAGGGUUUAGCAUUCCUGCUACACAGUCCCUCCAUUAGGUCUUAUUUUAUAAAUGUCCUUCAUAACCCCAGACUCUCCAUCUGUACAGAUGAACAUACUCUGAUUUCUGAGACUAAGUUUGACAGAAAUCUAUACAUUGAAAUAAUAAUUUAUAACAUGUUAAUCAAAAAGGGCAUACAUAGCUGUAUGAGAUAUCUAAAUGCAAUAGAACAGAUCAUAAGUUCAUAUCUACUGACUCAGUAUCAAGUCUUAAUGCUACAGAAACUGGCAAAUAAUGUUUUUUGUGAAAUUGCUUUUAAAUUACACAUGAAAACAUACACAAAUAACAACCAACUGAGGUAUAGAGUUGACAAAAUCUCCCGCUACAUGCUGAAAUUAGCAGCCAAGUUUGGUUGUAUUUCUGACAUGCUAUACAUAGCCAUGUAUUAUUACAAGACACUUAGAUACAUGGAAGCUUUAUCUAUUAUAGAGAUGAUCAAAAUAAAGUUAGCACAGCCAUAUGUGAUGUAUGUGUAUAAUGUAGAUACAGAGAUGUAUAUUGAGGCAGUAGGGGGACAGUCCUGGUCUGCAAAGAUGAGACAGGCUGUAGCAUGGGAUAUCAUACUUGACAAUAGAAUCCAUUGCAUCAGUGAGCUGAUACUUGAACAACGGACUGCUAUACAGAACAAGAGGAUUACAUUACAUGUUCCACAAUUCAUACUGUUAUACAUGCUAGAGAUCUUGUGCUACAGACAUGUAGACACAAUGAGAGUACUAGCAGCUCUAGAUGAUCUACAGACCCUAGUUCACUAUGAUCAGGGACAGUUUAUACCUUUACAUCUCAGAGAUAUAUCGUGGCAGAUUCUGGGGAUCUGUCAACAGGUGACAGGGAACCUCCAGGCUGCUCUAUACUCAUACAGACAAUCUCUCAGACAAGUACCAUCCAACAUGAUACACACAGCUACACAAAUGAGAAUCGAGCAAAUAGAGCAACUUCUUUAAGAUGACUUAAUUAGUAAAAUAAAUGUCGAACAUUUAUUAAAGAUACCUGUUCGAGUUAACAUCCUUGUAUUUUUCAUUUCAUAGUCCCUGACUGAUUCUUUAAUUCAAAAUAAGAGGUAAAUGGAUAUCCAAGUUCAUCUGAGUCUCCUUAGCUCUGCUGUUCUUCAGCAGAUUUUUGGAAAGAUUUAUCACAUCUUUAUUCCAAUGAAAAUGGUUGGACUCCUAUGGAGAUACCAUAAUAUCAUUGUUUAAUGUGGCUUUGAUGUAUUAUGGAGAUUUUUUUGAAUUUUUGUACCUGUUAACAAAUCUGGACAUUAAAAUUUGACCUGAAUUUAUUUCCAACUUCAAUCUUUUUUGCCUAUGAAUUACAAAUAAAUAAAUUUAUUACUUCAA